UCAAUGUGUGUCAGUCUGAAGAAAAUGUUGGAAGCGGCAAUUUCGUAUGAAUUAAUCUUGCCUAUGUAUUGUGGAUUUCCGAGUCUAUUCAUUUCUGUGAAAAAUAUAUUUAAAAAACUGUUUAAAGGUGUUAGUGGUCUGAAAUGACCGAUUAGUAGCUAAUUUCAACAGAUUUAUUUCCUCUCAUUUGGAAUUGAGAGUGCAGGGUCGGAAUAAAGUUGUGUGAGGCUUUGCUGUUUUUGCCUGUGUCUUGCUUGAAUCUUCGUAUAAUUGUCCCAUUAUUACUCAACAUGGAGAAAUACGUAUCAAAAGCAUUUUUGCCCAGAGGUGCAGUAAUUUGGCAAAACAGUAGAUUGAAACAUAGUUCUGUUAGAGGUAAAGUAAUUGCUAUCAGACGAGAAGAUCAGUCAGUAUGGGAACGUCGAGCUCCACUUGCACCAACUAAUGUGCGUCGCCUUACCCGAGCUGGAGUAAAAGUAAUAGUACAGCCAUCAAACAGAAGAGCUUAUCCAAUGCAGACAUAUUUAUCAGCAGGUGCUGUAGUACAAGAGGAUAUUUCUGAGGCUUCAGUAAUAUUUGGAGUUAAACAAGUUCCUGUUGACCAGCUGCUGCCAAACAAAACUUAUUGCUUGUUUUCUCACACUAUUAAAGCUCAAGAGGCAAACAUGCCACUACUUGAUGCAAUUUUAGAAAAGAACAUACGCUUAAUCGAUUAUGAAAAGCUUAUGGAUGAGUCAGGACAGAGAGUGGUAGCUUUUGGCAAAUAUGCUGGAGUUGCAGGGAUGGUCAAUAUACUACAUGGGCUUGGUCUCCGGCUCUUGGCUCUUGGUCAUCAUACACCUUUCAUGCACAUUGGUCCAGCGCACAAUUACCGGAAUUCUUCUAUGGCAAGACAAGCUAUAAGAGAUGCUGGCUAUGAAAUAGCCUUAGGAAUGAUGCCCAAGUCUGUGGGGCCUCUUACCUUUGUAUUCACUGGAAGUGGAAAUGUUUCUCAGGGAGGACAGGAGGUUUUUCAGGAACUUCCUCAUGAAUAUGUGCCACCAGAAAUGCUUCAGAAAGUUGCUGAACAUGGUGCAACUUCCAAAGUAUACGCAUGUGAAGUUCGAAGACGGCAUCAUUUAGAGAGAAAGGAUGGUGGUGGGUUUGAUCCUGACGAAUAUACAGAACAUCCGUCCAGGUAUCUUUCAACUUUCAGCAAAAAGAUUGCACCUUACGCGUCUGUCAUACUGAAUGGCAUUUAUUGGGCGGUGGAUUCACCAAAACUACUCACCAUUCCUGACGCUAAAUAUCUCUUACGACCGGCAAAUACUCCAUGGCUACCAUCUUCCGUUGGAGCUCCAGCUCUUCCUCAUCGUAUGCUGGCGAUUUGUGACAUCAGUGCAGAUCCAGGAGGUUCCAUAGAGUUUAUGAAUGAAUGCACGACUAUUGAUACCCCCUUCUGUUUGUAUGACGCAGAUAGAAACAAAGAUACUAAAAGCUUUAAGGGUCCUGGUGUUUUGGUGUGUUCGAUUGACAACAUGCCUACACAGCUUCCACGUGAAUCUACAGAUUUCUUUGGAGAGCUUUUAUAUCCCUAUGUAUUUGAUAUACUACAAUCAGAAGCCAAUACGCCACUAGAUCAACAUCACUUCACUCCUCCAGUUAACGGCGCAAUAAUUGCUAGCAACGGGAAACUUACGCCAAAUUUCGAAUAUAUUCAAGAAUUAAGAGAUAUUAAUAGUCGCAGCCGGCACAGGCCUGGGAGCGAUCUGGAAGAGCAGUGUAAAAGGGUAGUUGUCUUGGGUGCUGGCUACGUGUGUGCACCUGUUGUUGAGUAUUUGAACAACGAGAAGAACAUUCAAUUGACCGUUGCUUCAGCGUUGAAAGAUGAAGCUGAUGCAAUUGCUAGUCACUAUCCUGCAGUAGAACCAGUACUGUUGGAUGUGUUAGAAAGAAAAGACACUCUACAGGAAGUUGUAUCUUCUGCUGAUGUCGUCAUCUCGUUGCUACCUUAUAAUUUACAUCACAUAGUGGCGGAAUGUUGCAUAAAUACAGGGGUUCAUAUGGUUACUGCGUCAUAUUGCACAGCCCAGAUGAAAGACUUGCACGAACGAGCUGUACAAGCUGGUGUUACAGUUGUCAAUGAAGUUGGUCUUGAUCCAGGAAUUGACCACCUUUUAGCAAUGGAGUGUUUUGAUGAAGUUCAUCAGGCAGGAGGGAAAGUUGAAUCAUUUAUUUCAUAUUGCGGAGGUUUGCCAGCACCUGAAUGUUCUGACAAUGCCUUAAGAUACAAAUUUAGUUGGAGCCCAAGAGCUGUUCUCCAUAACACUCUUAGUUCUGCAAAGUAUAUUUAUGAUGGCCAGACUGUAGAAAUUCCAGAAGGUGGAGAAUUGAUGUCAGAAGUUCAAAACCUAGAUUUUUUGCCUGGGUUUUCAUUGGAAGGAUUUCCUAAUAGAGAUUCCAGUAAAUAUGCUCAGCUGUAUGGGAUAACAGAAGCCCGAACAGUUUUAAGAGGAACUUUGCGAUUCCAAGGUUUUUCAGAUACUAUUACGGGAAUGUUGCUGCUAGGAUUAAUAGAUCCAUCUCCUCAUCCAAUCUUACAUCCAAGAGGCCCUGAUAUUACAUGGAGGCAAUUGAUAGGCAACCUGCUUGGACUAAUGGAUUCUAAUAUAUUUUAUGAAAAUCUUAAAAGUAAACUGGCAGAGCGCAUUGGAGGAACCGGAAUGCAAAGAGUCAAUGCUUUGGAAUCAUUAGGUUUACUGAAAGAAGACCCAGUAUUGAAACUUAAUACGCCCUUGGACACAUUAAGUUAUUAUCUCUCUAAGAAGCUUGCCCUUGAUUCAACUGAACGAGACUUGGUCAUCUUAAGACACGAGGUUGGAAUCCUGUGGCCCGAUGGGCGAUCAGAGGAACGAGGAAUUAACCUGGUCAUGUAUGGGCAACCUAGAGGUCACUCGGCUAUGUCGAAAGCUGUUGGACUUCCUACUGCUAUUGCUGCAAAGAUGGUCCUGGAUGGAGAAAUUCAGCAAAAGGGAAUGGUUUUACCUUUCACUCCAGAUAUUUAUCGACCUAUGCUUUCGCGACUUCGAGCAGAAGGAGUACAAGCAGUGGAGAACUCCAAAUGGAAUUAAAUACUACAUAAUGUACUUUACAGAUACUAUUAAAUUGACGUAAUUACCAAUAAAGUUAUAAAUAUUAAUAAAACACAAGAAUUGUUACAUUAUCUCCAAGAAAACUUGCUCUCUCUUUUUGACUAGAAAAAUGUUUUAACGCGGAUAUCGUAAGGUAGACCCCUCCGCGCAUUUAUCCUUCAGCAUCAGUGGCUGAUAGAGGGAUUGGGCAUGCCCCCCCCUCAUCACAUACAUACACCACCCGCACCACCGAAAGGCCUAGAGUUUUCGUCUGUUUCGGCCCUUUAUUUGGCA